AUGGUAGUAUUUAUCUGGCAUCACCACCAUCGUCUAGUUAACAAAACAGAACAAAUUUCAUAUUAAAGUAAAAACCUGCAACACUUUCACUGUAAAUUAAUGUUCAGUAAUACAGUGAGCGUUACGCACUCGAAAUACGACUACGGGUUUUUCUUCCGCAUUCGACAGCUCACAUUGUGGCAAUUUCUGCGGCCUUGCAGCAGGAUCUUCGAAGAUGAAAAUUAUUUUAGCAUUUUUCAUUCUCUCAGCCGUGGCGUUGGUGCAAACAGCACCGUCCGUUGCUCCAGGUCAGCAACAGCAUGGGCAGCCGAGCAGCGAAGGACAUCAAGGCGGGAAGCUUGGACAAGAAGGUCAGUCAAGACAAGAUCAACCAGCCCAUAAUGACCAACUUCCGGAAAAGCUGCAUCAGCCAGACUCCGGUCACCAGGGCGGGCGUCUCGGUCAAGACGGUCAGGGACCAAGGGCGAAUGAAGCGGCAACUGGGGCAACUACAGCUGCCCAUUGAAAUGUCAAAAUACUGCCUAAACCUUAGAAUGUCGCCUGGAACGAACGUGAAUUGUAAAAAGGGCAUUUUUAAAGAAAUUCUAAUUCUGUACAGUGUAUAUUUUACGCAUUAACGUGUACGUAGAAUUAUGAAAAGCACGUUUGCAUAUUUUACUGUUUUGCGGCUUUUGCCCAUAUUGUUAUCUUUUCCGGUGUUUUUAAUUAAUGUAAAAUGUUACUGUAAUAAACUGAUAAUGCUGUACAAAUAAGAACCGAAAGUACCGGUAUCAAGUUUUAAACUUAUCACAAUCAUCACCUCGAGCCGUAACAUUCGGUGUACCCGGUAAAAGUUUUGACCGUUGCUAAGAAACACAACGUAAACAAGGUGAUGACAGAGAAAUUGGCUUGUGCAAUGUAAUACUUAAGACGUAUAGCGCUCUUUCUUCCUCCGUGCGAUGCCGAAUACUGGAUAUCUAUCAUGCUAACAUUAUCACAUCAAUCUUUCCUUUCGUCAUUUUCUGCUUUUGAGAGUAUCGAAUGAUGACGGACUCUUUUUGGAGAAUGUCGGUUCUACUGGAUGGCUCACUUUUCCUGUUUAAAUUUGACAUCGAUGGGGGAUUAUAGAGUAUUGUGUAUCUUUUCAAAAGGGUUUCGGGAACUGCGAGACAGAGUUGAUCUUUCCUGAAGGCGUCGUGAUCUCGUGUAGAAAAUGAGCACGCCGAAUCCACCCGACGGAGCAUUUAAAUCGUUUGGUGUGCCGCCUCCGUUGGUGACCUAUCUUCCCACGCCCGGUGUAGCUGAGCCCAAGCAUAUAACCCCACGAAAAUUAACACAAAAAUUCCCAUUUUCUCAGAGCAUCAAACCGCUUAAGAAACCCCUAUGGACUACGCUACGGCCCGUCGUCGAAGAUCUUAACGAGUACCUACGGCCGAAAAACAAUGUCGCGCGUCCUAUGGCUAUUCUUGAGAAUAACCAGUCGCCAGCAGUGCAAGUGCGAGAGAAUUUACAAGCAUUGCCUGCUUGGGAUGUAAAAAAGUUCCAGAGGCGAUCAUCCUCCAGUAAGCGUGAUGGUGCACAAUCGACAACCGACGCUAAGCAGAGCGGACAAUCCGAUCCGGUAAAGGAGCGCAUCCGGCAGAGAAUUCUGUACGUGGUGGGAACGGAACCGACGACCAUGCACGACAAGCUAACAGCGAUGAAGCUCUAUGACCGUGAUGAGCUGUUUCUGCAGCAGGAGGCCAGCGAAGGCCAGGCAAAUCAAGCUAACAUUAUUCAACAACAUAAGCUGUCGAAGGCACUUAAAGAGCGAUUUGAACUUCUGGGUCGCGAAUCAGUGGAUGGGCUGAGAGUCCAAGUACCGCAGCGGCUAAUCGACAAACAGCUGAACUUAAACUAUCUACGGAAGCAGUAUUUCGUCAUCAACGGAAUCGAGACGACCACGUCGAUGGAAAUUCCGGAUUCCUGGUUGGACAACAUUCUUAACCAAUUAGACUUCAGUUUGAUCAAAACUUAUCCCGAUACAGUUAAGAAAUUAGCGCAGGAUGCCCGUUAUGAGUUCCUGAAAGGCGUCAAGAGUGCUAUUGCCCAAUUCGUGUUUCGGAGUAGUGAGUUACAAGUAACCCUUUCCCGCACAAUGUUGUUGCCCAGUCUCGAUGUGAUCCGAAGAAUCAUGUUUUUUCGCUCUCUGCAAAUCUUUCACGCACGAAAAGCCAUGCGUGACGUUUUCCAACAAGGUCACCCGAUAACUCGCGCCAUCAUAACGCUGUGGUACCAAAACAAGCAGGGUUUUGCGAAAGAAACCGCGGAUUCUAAGCUACGGCCGAGUUACGACGACCUCCGUGUUGUACAAACGCAAAGCUUCUGUCGCCCGAUCUGGACCGAUCCGUUUGAUGUCCAGGACUUUCAGACCAAAAUCUUGGCCCACGUGGAUUACUGCAAAGACAAAAUCACCAGGAAAUGGCUGGAGCAAGCGAAAGACCUAAUUUUAUUGGGUCAAGUGAAUGGUUGGUUGCCUACCAAAGAAAGUGAACGCCCAAAGUUGGCGGCAUUCGUCAAGUCAGCAUCGGCGCUUGUUACACGGCAGAUCCAAACCACUCUUAUCCGAUCAAUAGAAGAUCUGUACAAGAUGAUGUUUCCUGACCAGAAUGCCUUAUUUUAUCAGCCAUUUCCCGGGUUUCUUGUGCGCAUCGUACUGGAUGGAAACGAACUGCGGUUUGAGCCGGAAUUUGGCCACAUACAGAAACUAGUCUUGAAUGUCUUCACACUAACUGCCGACAUCAUGAAGGCAUUCCCUUCUCUGGAUGGACUGGUUGCGCAAGCCACAAUCGGAAAGAAAUCCCUGGAUGAAACCAAAAAGCUGCCGGUUGUCGGAGGGAUUAUUCUUCCAGAGAAGCUCAACGUGAUAUUGGCCGAUGUGCAGAAAUUGCUGCAGACGGAAUUCGAAAAGCCAAAACAGUUCAUGGCCAAAUUUGCGGUGUUUAACGAGAUUAUCCGAUCCGAUUGCACUCGAAGAAUGGAAGCGUUUAUUGCCGAGCCGCGAACCUACGAGCAGUAUCUGGAAGAGCUGGAAUACUUCUUGAAAAUCUUUGCUGACGUGUUUGCUUCUGCUCCCAAGUUCACCUAUCUAGGAUUAUUCAGUGUGAACUGCGAGGACUUGUUUACUGGAUUAACCAAGCGGAUCGAAAGCGUUCUAGAUGGUUACACUAACAAAAUGUUGGAGCUGCUUGAAGCCGACUUAACACAUAUCUACGAAGAUCAAGGCGCUAUCACCAAGCGUCUAUUGUCUGCUCCCGCCAAUAUCGAAGAACUCAUUGCUCUGCAGAAGUACGUCACGAAGUUUGUGGAGGUCGACCUAAAAGAGUACACCAAACGUCUGCAGGCAGCCAGCAUAGAAAUGCAGACCAUCGGGAAAUUCAGUCCCCGCCCCUUGCCUACUGCUAGUCGAUUGAUUCUGGAUCUUUUAAGCUGGCAUUUGGGUUGCGAUAAGAUGGUUGCCGCAUGCAGAAGAAUAAUGGAUGCGAAAACUGAAGAGUUCACCAAUAAUCUGCAUUCCAGACGGGAGAAGGUCACGGAAGAUCUCGAAACUCUGGAUCGUUUGGUGAACGAGUUGGCAAAUAAUACCGAACCCUCCGAAGUCACCAAAUACAAGCGGAGAGCCAACAAUCUCGAAGCGAGACUAGAAGACGUGUUUAAUCGUAUUAUGCAGUUGAACAAGGAGGAAGAACUGUUCAAAUGGGACGUCACCGAUUAUCCAUUACGGGGACAGAUUUCUAGCCGAUUGGCGCCAUACGUGAAACUUUAUGACACUGCUAGCGAUUUCGGUGAAAAGGCCCAGCAAUGGCUGGCAUCGCCCGUUGAUCAAGUAAAUCCAGAAACGGUGACCGCCGACGUGGAAGCGAUGUACAUGAGCAUGUACAAAUUGGAGAAAUUCUUCAACGGCGUUCCAGGACCGUUGAAUAUCGCCACAAAGGUCAAAGGGAAAAUCGAUCAGUUCAAGGACUUCUUGCCGUUGGUCAACACUCUCUGCAACCCGGGAUUACGAUCACGUCACUGGGAGCAGAUUUCAAAUGUUGUCGGCUAUACACUAAAGCCAAGUCAGGACCUGACUUUAUCGAAGAUUGUCCACCUCAAACUGGGACCGUACAUUGGGCAAUUCGAAACCAUUAGCGAGCAGGCUAGUAAGGAGCACAGUAUUGAGAAAGCUCUGGAAAAGAUGCGUGGUGACUGGAAGGAACUGGAGUUCGGUGUCAUACCGUACCGAGAAACCGGAACAAAUAUCCUUACGGCUGUUGAUGAAAUCCAGUUGUUGUUGGACGAUCAUUUACUGAAGACCCAGACCGUUCGAGGAUCGCCGUUUAUUAAGGCUUUCGAAGGUUCAGCCAAAGAAUGGGAAGAAACGCUGCGCUCCAUGCAAGACAUUUUGGAUGUUUGGUUGAAAGUUCAGGCUACUUGGUUAUACCUGGAGCCGAUUUUUAGCUCACCGGAUAUUAUCGCGCAGAUGCCAGAAGAAGGCAAACGGUUCCAACAAGUUGACAAAACCUGGAGAGAACUGAUGAAGCCAGUUUCUGCAGAUCCCAGAGCGCUAUCGGUUGUAAAAAUCGAUAAGAUGUUUGAGAAAUUGACGAAAGCGCACGAAUCCUUGGAGUUCAUCUUAAAGGGUCUGAACGACUACCUGGAAAAGAAGCGUCUGUUCUUCCCGCGCUUUUUCUUCUUGUCAAAUGAUGAACUGCUGGAAAUUUUGUCCGAAACCAAGGACCCAACCCGUGUGCAACCACAUCUAAAGAAAUGUUUUGAAGGUAUCGCCAGUUUGGAGUUUACGCCAAAACUGGAUGUUACUCACAUGAAGAGUGCCGAGCAAGAGUCCGUGCAGUUAAUUCGCACCGUAUCGACAUCGAAGGCUAAAGGUCAGGUGGAGAAGUGGUUGGGCGAACUCGAGGGUGUAAUGAUCAGUUCCGUACGUGAUGUCAUUGCGAAAGCGCUUCAAGACUACGCUGUUGUGCCGCGUAGUAAGUGGGUAAUGAAGUGGCCUGGGCAGUCCGUCUUGUGCGUGUCCCAGACGUACUGGACAUCGGAGGUGCAUCAAGCGAUUGCCAAUGGCCCGGCAGCACUGGCCGCCUACCUCCAACAGAACACCGACCAAAUUACGGAGAUUGUGGAGAUCGUACGCGGAAAGAUUUCCAAACAGAAUCGAACCACUUUAGGGGCACUGGUGGUCAUCGAUGUCCAUGCUCGUGACGUCGUUCAAGAACUAGUCAACGGCAAAGUAACCGAAGAAACAGACUUCCUCUGGCUAAGUCAGCUGCGCUAUUACUGGGAAGACAUGGAGAAAGACGGAACGUAUAACAUGGCAACACGAAUGAUCAACUCCAUGCUGAAAUACGGUUACGAAUAUCUGGGCAACAGUGGCCGUCUGGUCAUAACACCGUUGACGGACAGAUGUUAUCGCACUCUGUAUGGAGCCUUGCAGCUGCACUUAGGUGGUGCUCCCGAAGGCCCGGCCGGCACGGGUAAGACCGAGACGACAAAGGAUUUAGCGAAAGCCGUUGCCAAACAGUGCGUGGUGUUCAACUGUUCCGACGGAUUGGAUUACAUCGCCCUGGGAAAGUUCUUCAAAGGGCUGGCUUCUUGUGGAGCAUGGUCGUGCUUCGAUGAGUUUAACCGUAUCAAUCUGGAAGUACUUUCCGUCGUCGCACAACAAAUCCUGACAAUUCAACGAGGGAUUAAUUCCGGAGCAUCAAAGCUUGUUUUCGAAGGGACGGAAAUCAAGCUUGAUCCGACUUGCUCCGUGUUCAUUACGAUGAACCCCGGCUAUGCUGGCCGGUCGGAGUUACCCGAUAACUUGAAAGCCUUGUUCCGAUCAGUGGCUAUGAUGGUGCCUGAUUACGCUAUGAUUGCCGAAAUUCGUUUAUACUCGUUCGGGUACAAGAUCGCCCGGCCUCUGGCCGUCAAAAUUGUGGCGACGUAUCGAUUGUGUUCGGAACAGCUGUCCAGUCAAAGCCAUUAUGAUUACGGAAUGCGUGCCGUAAACUCCGUAUUGGUUGCUGCCGGUAAUCUUAAACAGAAAUACCCGAAAGAGGACGAGAAUAUUAUUAUCUUACGAUCCAUCAAAGAUGUUAACUUGCCAAAGUUUUUGGCGCAUGAUAUCCCACUGUUCAAUGGUAUCACUGCGGAUUUAUUUCCUGGCACCGUUUUGCCCACUCCGGAUUACGAAUUGUUCAAUCUUUCGGUUCAGGAAAACUGUGUUAAGAUGAAUCUGCAAUGUACACCGGUGUUUCUGGAAAAGAUCCAACAGAUCUACGAAAUGAUGAUUGUGCGACACGGCUUCAUGCUUACCGGCGAACCGUUUGGGGGUAAAACAAGUGCAUACAAAGUUCUCGCAGCAGCAUUGGGUGACCUUAACGAGAAAGGUUUAAUGGAAGAAAAUAAGGUGCAGAUUACGGUCAUCAAUCCCAAGUCCAUCACCAUGGGGCAGUUGUAUGGCCAAUUCGAUCCUGUUUCACAUGAGUGGUCAGAUGGCAUUCUUGCCGUCAGUUACCGCGCUUUUGCUUCCUCUCAGACACCAGACCGGAAGUGGCUGAUUUUUGACGGUCCCGUCGACGCUGUUUGGAUCGAAAACAUGAACACCGUACUCGACGACAACAAAAAGCUUUGCUUGAUGAGCGGUGAGAUCAUUCAGCUAGCUCCGACAACUAAUCUGAUUUUCGAGCCAAUGGACCUGGAGGCUGCUUCCCCAGCUACAGUGUCCCGUUGCGGUAUGAUCUACAUGGAACCCACAGCUCUUGGCUGGCAACCUCUGGUGAAGUCUUACAUAACCGACCUUCCGCAGUCGGUUGGACCAAAGCAAAGGGCUUUGCUGGAAAAGCUGUUUGCCACUUAUGUACAGCCGUGUCUGGACUUUGUCCGCAGGAAUAAUUUGAAAGAGCAUUCGCCGACGUCUAACGCCAAUCUUGUGCGCAGCCUGACCAACCUGAUCGAUUGUCAGUUGGAUGAGUUUCUAAAUGAGAAAGUCAUCGCUGCAGCCACGGAGGACGCUAAGACUGGCUGGACUGAGGGAACAUUCUUUUUUGCGUUAAUUUGGUCAAUCGGCGCAACGAUUAACGAUGAAGGGCGCACGAAGUUCGAUAAAAUGUUCCGCGACAUGCUUAAAUGGGGAUUUGAUGAGGCGGGCAUCGUUAAGUACAAUCUUGAGAAGCUGGUUCCGAAAUUCGAGAAUUCACUGUGCCCCAUACCUCCUGAUGGCCGAAUCUUUGAUUACCGGUUUGAGAGGGAUGCCUAUGGAAAGUGGGUUAACUGGAUGGAAGACAAAUCGUUGCAGCAGACUAUCCCCAAGGAUGCUACCUUCAGCGAAAUUAUCGUCCCGACGGCGGAUACUGUACGGUAUACCUAUCUGAUGGAUCUCUUCGUGCGGCACGAAAAGCACAGUCUAUUCGUUGGACCAACGGGCACGGGAAAGUCGGUGUAUAUCAAUGAUUUCUUAUACAACAAAGUCGACAAGGAAACGGUUAAGGCAGUGCCGGUGAUAUUCUCCGCGCAAACAACGGCGAACCAAACACAAAAUAUGAUUAUGGCACGUCUGGAUAAGCGAAGAAAGGGAGUUUUCGGUCCACCCGUGAAUAAGAAGCUGGUCAUUUUUGUUGACGAUUUAAACAUGCCAAUGAAGGAGACCUAUGGUGCCCAGCCACCGAUCGAACUGUUGCGACAGUGGAUAGAUCAUGGAAAUUGGUACGACUUGAAAGAUACCAGCAUGAUCAAACUAGUCGAUCUGCAGUUGAUGUCAGCCAUGGGACCGGCGGGUGGUGGACGCAAUUCCAUUACUCCGCGCUUCUUGCGCCAUUUGAAUACAAUCGCUAUGAACGAAUUCGACGGUCUCAUCAUGGCGCAUAUAUUCAAGAAAAUUGUCGGGUGGCACUUUGACAGCAAAGGAUUCACUCAGGAAUUCAAGAUCCUCGGCGAGCAGCUCAUCACUGCCACCAUGGAGAUUUACGCGUCGGCGAUGAAGGAGCUUUUGCCGACUCCAACUAAAUCUCAUUACCUGUUCAACUUACGAGACUUUGCUCGUGUGAUCCAAGGCAUCUGUCUGUCCGACACCCAGAACUUCACAGAACCGAAGAUGGUGAAACGGUUAUGGAUCCAUGAAGUUUUCCGAGUAUAUUACGAUCGCUUGGUUGACGACAAUGAUAGACGCUGGUUUUUCGCAGCCACUAAACGCACGGUGGAGAACUCAUUCCGAGAUAACAUUGACAACGUUCUGGCCAGGCCGGAUAAAGAAAAGGCCGUUAUUGAAGAGGGGGAUCUGCGUAAACUGAUAUUUUGUCAUUUUGCCAAAGGGGAAGAUUCUCAGGGCUACAGUGAAGUGGAGAAUCCUGAUAAUCUUCGGAAGAAUGUCGAACAACUGUUGGAAGAUUUUAAUGGCAUUUCUAAGCAGCCCAUGAAUUUGGUCAUUUUCGGCUUUGCUCUGGAGCACAUCUGCAAAAUUUCGCGCAUAAUCCGUAUUCCCAGAAGUCAUGCCCUGUUGGUCGGAGUGGGUGGUUCCGGGCGGCGCAGUCUAACCAAAUUGGCGGCAUAUAUUGCUGAUUAUGAAGUGUUUCAAGUGGAAAUCACGAAACAAUACGGAAUGAACGAAUGGCGAGAUGAUCUGAAGAGAAUUUGUCGGAGAACAGCCGAAGGGGAAAAUCACGCCGUCUUCAUCUUCUCCGAUACACAGAUCAAAAACGAAUCCUUUUUGGAAGACGUCAAUAACCUUCUCAAUUCCGGCGAAGUGCCGAAUCUUUUUGCCGCAGACGAGAAGAUUGAAAUAUCCGAAAAGAUGCGACUAAUUGAUCGUCAGCGCGACAAAUUAAAGCAGACCGAUGGAUCUCCACAGGCCCUCUAUAACUUUUUCGUCGCACGGGUUCGCAACCAGCUGCACGUGGUGCUGUGUAUGAGCCCCAUUGGAGAAGCCUUCCGAACGCGAUUAAGAAAGUUUCCCUCGAUUGUCAACUGCUGUACCAUCGACUGGUUCCAAAGCUGGCCGGAGGAUGCAUUAAGCGCCGUCGCCAAGAAAUUUUUGGACGAUGUCGAUAUUCCACCCGAACAGAAAGAAGGUUGCACGCAGCUAUGCAAGGAUUUCCACACUACGGCCAUUAAUCUAUCAGGCCGAUUCCGAUCGCAACUGCAGCGUUAUAAUUACGUUACGCCCACUUCGUACCUGGAAUUAAUCAAAACAUAUAAGAUGCUGCUAUCCAAAAAGCGCGGUGAAGUGAUGCGUGCGAAAAAGCGUUAUGAAGGCGGUCUGGACCGAUUGGCACAUGCUGCCUCACAAGUAGCAAUAAUGCAGCGUGACCUCACAGCACUACAGCCGAAAUUAAAAGAAGCCAGUAAGCAAGUCGAAGAGCUCCUUAUCGUUAUCGAACAGGAAUCUCAGGAAGCUAAAGCCGUUGAGGAUAAGGUCAAGAAAGAAGAAGAAACGGCCAAUGAUUCGGCUACAGCCGCUAAGAAAAUCAAAGACGAAUGCGACGCUGAUUUAGGCGCGGCAUUACCGAUUUUGGAAGAAGCUCUAGCUGCACUGCAGACGCUGAAGGAAGAGGAUAUUACUUUCAUCAAGUCCAUGAAGAAUCCACCAGGGCAGAUUAAAUUGGUCAUGGAGGCUGUAUGUGUCAUCAAGGGUGUAAAAGCCGACAAGGUCAAAGAUGCGUCUGGUAACAAUGUUGAGGAUUUCUGGGGCCCAUCGAAGCGAAUAUUGGGUGAUUUGAAAUUCUUGGACUCACUGCGGAAUUUCGAUAAAGACAACAUUCCACCAAAGAUCAUGAAGGUCAUCCGUGAUAAGUACAUUUCCGAUCCCGCAUUCGAUCCAAAGGAGGUAAAAAAGGCUUCCGUUGCUGCGGAAGGGUUAUGUAAAUGGAUCAUCGCUAUGGACAAGUAUGACAAAGUUGCAAAGAUCGUAGCCCCAAAGAAAGAAGCGCUCGCUCGCGCUGAAAAAGACCUUGGUGUGGCGAUGGCCGCUUUGAACAAAGCUCGUGCUGCGUUGAAGGAGGUUCAAGAUCGUCUUGCUGAGCUCCAAAGGAAGCUGGAUGCCAACAAGCUGCAAAAGUCCAACCUCGAGCAGGAAGUUAUUAACGUCUCUAAGAAGUUGGUCCGAGCAGAAGAAUUAAUUAGCAAACUAGGAGGCGAAAAGGAUCGUUGGAGCGCAGCAGCUGCUGAACUGGGCGUACGCUACAUUAACUUGACAGGUGACGUACUGAUUUCGUCCGGUGUGGUCGCAUACCUGGGAGCCUUCACAUCUGGGUUCCGGAACCAUCAGGUUAAAGACUGGAUGAACAAAUGCGCCGCUUUAAAGAUACCGUGUUCGGAAGGGUACAGUCUUAGCGCAACACUGGGCGAACCGGUUCAGAUUCGAGAAUGGAAUAUUAACGGUCUGCCCACGGAUAUGUUCUCAGUAGAGAACGGUAUCAUUCUAAGUAAUGCUCGUCGCUGGCCACUACUGAUCGAUCCACAAGGGCAAGCGAACAAGUGGAUUCGUCUACAGGAAAAGAAGAACAACCUGAAAGUUAUUAAACAAACAGACGGGGACUUUGUUCGUACUUUGGAAAAUAGUAUUCAGUUUGGAAACCCGGUGCUCUUGGAAAAUGUCGGUGAAGAUCUUGACCCCGCUCUGGAACCACUGUUGCUUAAGCAGACAUUUAAACAAGGCGGCAUCGUCUGCAUUAAACUUGGUGAUAAUAUUCUGGAGUAUCAAGAAAGCUUCCGUUUCUACAUCACUACGAAGUUGCCCAAUCCACACUAUUUGCCAGAAACAGCCGUAAAGGUCACCAUUGUCAACUUCAUGAUUACACCCGAUGGGUUGGAGGACCAGCUGCUCGGCAUUGUUGUGGCCAAAGAGCGACCGGAACUUGAAGACGAAAAGAACGCCUUAAUCGUGCAAAGUGCAGAGAACAAGAAAGCUCUCAAAGAUAUUGAGGACAGAAUCCUUCAAGUAUUGUCUGAAGCGCAGGGGAACAUCCUCGAAGACGAAACGGGUAUCAAUGUACUAUCUUCGUCGAAGGAGUUGUCCAAUAAGAUUCAAGCCAAACAAGUCAAAGCUGAGGAGACAGAGAAGAAUAUCGACCGGAUGCGUAUGCAGUACAAACCCGUGGCCACGCAUUCGUCCGUUCUGUUCUUCACCAUCACCGACUUGGCCAAUGUGGAGCCGAUGUAUCAGUACUCCUUAUCGUGGUAUAUAACGUUAUUUAUUAUGGGCAUCGAUAGUGCAACCAAAUCGGAAGACUUCGAUCAACGUUUACAGAACUUAAAGAACUACUUCACUUAUUCGUUGUACUGCAACAUUUGCCGGUCGUUGUUCGAGAAGGAUAAACUGCUGUUCACAUUGUUAUUGUGCAUCAAUUUGAUGAAAGCCAAGAAGGCAGUUUUGGAAGACGAAUGGAGAUUCUUCUUAACUGGAGGCGUCGGCUUGGACAACCCGCAUCCACCACCAGGAAACUGGAUUCAGAAGCAGAGCUGGGACGAACUUUGCCGGUUGGAUGCUAUGGAAGGAUUUGUCGGUUUACGCGAGAGUUUCUACUCACAAGGAAAAGCUUGGAAGGUGAUUAUGGAAGCUGUCAAGCCCCAGGAUGAAACGUAUCCCGCACCUUGGGACGCAUUAUCCAGCUUUCGUCGGAUCCUGAUUCUCCGAUGCAUUCGCUCCGAUAAAGUCAUUCCAGCUGUCUUGGAGUUCGUUUCACAGAACCUUGGCAAAGAUUUUGCUGAGCCACCGCCUUUUGAUCUGAGCAAAGCCUUCACGGAUACAAAUUGCUGCACUCCACUGAUUUUCGUCCUCUCCCCGGGAUCUGAUCCAACGGGAGCGCUGUUGAAAUUUGCAGACGACAAAGGGUUCGGGAAACAUAAACUGAAUUCCCUUUCCCUCGGUCAAGGUCAAGGUCCAAUUGCUAUUAAGAUGCUUGAACGCGCAUCAAAAGAAGGCACUUGGGUUGUACUGCAGAAUUGUCACUUGGCCACAUCCUGGAUGCCGACACUGGAAAAGAUUUGCGAUGAAUUCACCAUGGACACCAUUCACCCAGAUUUCCGUUUGUGGUUAACUAGUUAUCCGUCAAAAGAUUUCCCGGUGUCCGUAUUGCAGAACAGUGUCAAGUUAACGAAUGAACCACCGAAAGGUCUACGAGCCAACGUCAUUCGAUCCUACCUUAGCGAUCCCAUCAACGACGAUAACUUCUUCGACAAGAGCAGCAAACAACCGAAAGCCUUCCACAAGAUGCUGUAUGGAUUAUGCUUUUUCCAUGCCCUUAUCCAAGAACGCAAAAACUUUGGCCCAUUAGGCUGGAACGCAAUGUACGAGUUCAAUGAAACCGACCUGCGAAUUAGUGUACAGCAGUUGCACAUGUUCUUAAAUGACUAUAAAGAAGUACCUUUUGACGCGUUGAAAUACAUGACCGGAGAAUGCAAUUACGGAGGUCGUGUGACGGACGACAAAGAUCGGCGUACUUUGAAUACCCUACUCAAGCGCUUCUACUGCCCACAGAUCCUAGAUGAAGAUCCUAUAUACAACUUUGACCCCAGUGGUAUUUAUUUUGUCCCACCCGACGGCAAUCGGGAAUCGUACAUGGCCUAUACCCGUAGCCUGCCCACGAUCACCAGCCCGGAAGUCUAUGGGCUGCACAGCAACGCCGACAUUACCAAAGAACAGCAAGAAACCCAGCUACUGUUUGACAGUGCCCUGAGGGCAACCGGUGGAGGCGGUGGAGGAGGAGGAGCCACCGUAUCUGACGCCACGAUCUUAGACAUCGCCACUGGCAUCUUAUCAAAGCUGCCACCGAAUUUCGAUAUUGCAGCCGCCAAUAAUAAAUACCCAACUGAAUACAAGCAGAGCAUGAACACGGUGUUGGUACAAGAAAUGGGACGCUUUAACCGGCUGCUAUCCACCAUUCGGACCAGUCUGAUCGACAUCCAAAAAGCCAUGAAAGGUCUUGUUGUGUUGUCCUCUGAACUGGAAGACGUGCUGAACAGCAUUCUAACUGGCAAGAUUCCAAAUGCCUGGAAACGCUGGUCGUACCCGUCGCUAAAGCCGUUAGGAUCGUACAUUAACGAUUUUGUGCUGCGACUGAAGUUUCUGCAGGACUGGUAUGAGCACGGACCGCCGCCUGUAUUUUGGGUGUCGGGAUUUUAUUUCACGCAAGCGUUCUUAACCGGCGCUCAGCAAAACUUUGCAAGGAAAUACACAAUUCCCAUUGAUCUGUUGACCUUUGAUGUUCAAGUGUUAAACCAUGAAGAGUAUACUACGCCACCGGAAGAUGGCGUCUACAUCAACGGACUGUUCCUUGAGGGAGCUCGUUGGGACAUCAAGAACAACAGUUUGACUGAAUCGCAUCCAAAGGUUCUCUAUGAUACUAUGCCAGUUAUCUGGAUGAUUCCGGUAGAAAGGUCCAAAGCCCGGAAAGCCGCUUUUUACAUGUGCCCGGUGUAUAAAACAUCAGAGCGCAAAGGAACAUUGUCCACUACGGGUCAUUCUACUAACUUUGUCAUUUCCAUGAAACUGCUUACAGUGAAUGGAGAGGAUCACUGGGUAGCACGAGGUGUAGCCAUGUUAUGCCAACUAAACACGUAAUGUAAGGGGUGUCGGUUCCAUGGCAGAAAGCAGUUUGCUAUGAUUUUAUUUUUUAGUUCUUGUAAUGUUAGUUUUUGGUGUCAGUGAAAAGUCCUUUGCUGGAAGUUAUUUAUCAGCGUUUGCAGCAACAGCAAUGUUCAGAUCGAAAUUCAUGGUUUUACUGGAUUUUUUGUGAGAUCGAGGCCGAUGAAAGUUGCCUCGUUGAAAUGAUUGUUCAAAAUAAAACAAAAACGGUCA